CUUUGACCUUGCUAUGCCUGUCAUGGUGCGGGGGCCUGAAACACCCAAACAUCUGAUAAAUCCUGACAAGCUUGAAGACUUUCUGCGUGAUUAUUGUGACCAACCCCUAGACGUGGGAUGCUGCAACAAGGACUUACCUCGCUUUUACUACGAUUACAGUAGCAGGACCUGUAAGCCGUUCAACUACGGUGGCUGUGCAGGGAACAGGAAUAACUUUGAGACAGAAAAUGAAUGCCUUUGGGCAUGUGCAGCCGAUGCAUCUGAUAUCUGACCUUGCUAGAGGGAGAGUCAGCAAGCAAGCAACAAGUCAUUACCAUCUCAUUGGGUCCUAUGAAACAACGGCACCAGAGGAAACCAGGAUGCGCAUUCCCAAAAAAUGAUGCCUUCAUUUAAAGGCUUCAUUCUUGCA